AUGUAUCGCAUUUGUUUAAUCUACCAAAUGCCAUUUGCUCAAGGGGGCAUCAUUGCCGCUGGUGUAUUUUUGAUCAUGGUAGCACUACUUGGAAUGUAUGGCACAAAACAUCAGCAUCAAGUAGCACUGUUUUUUUAUAUGGUGAUCCUAACAUGUGUGUUCAUUAUACAGUUCAUCGUGGCUGUAGUCUGUCUUGGAAAUGUUUCUGAAGACAGUCUAGAGGAGUUGGUCACAUCAGGAUGGACAAGGUCAGACAAUGCUGUAAGGUGGGAUGCUCAAAAAGCGUUCACCUGUUGUGGCUUGGAUCAUGAAGACAUGCUCAAGCAGGAUUGCAGGAAGCUUCCUUGCUGGAACAGCUGUGAACCAUGCCUUCCCGUUAUUGUUGAAGCGACAAGCAAUAAUCUUGCACGAGUUGGACUGCUUGGACUUUUCUUCAGCUUCAGUGAGGUUAUCGGAGUUUGGCUGACGUAUCAAUUCCGAAACACCAGAGAUCCCAAUAUCGAUCCUGAUGCCCUUUUCCUCUGA